AUGUCUUACCAACAGCAGCAGUGCAAGCAGCCAUGCCAGCCUCCUCCUGUGUGCCCACCUCCAAAGUGCCCCGAGCCUUGUCCUCCUCCAAAGUGCCCUGAGCCAUGUCCUCCUCCAAAGUGCCCUGAGCCUUGUCCUCCUCCACAGUCCCCAGAGCCAUGCCCCCCUCAGUCAUGGCAGCAGAAAUGCCCUCCUGUGCAACCUCCUACACCCUGCCAGCCGAAGUGCCCACCCAAGAACAAGUGA